AUGGCAGCAUCUAUAGUAAGAACCCCUCAAUGGGAUGACUCUUAUGAACAACAAUUCAUUGCCAUUCCGCCGCUGGGGAAUGAGGUAAAAUUAUACCUGACACAUCGAGAAGACCCGCAUGUAGAAUCAAAUACCAUGGUCCAGCUCCAUCUGAGAAAAGGUUUCGACAAUAUUCAGUGCUCUUCAUAUUUGACUACACAACCUGGUGUACUCGGUGUAGGGUCAAUCACUGGUACUGUUUCUAUAUUCAACAUCAAAGACCAAACAAUUCCCGAAAUUCAUCUAAGACCAAAGCAACCUCGACCUUGUAAUGCGAUUGCAUUUAAUAUGACCAAUAUGGUGGCUGUUGGGUAUGACAAAGGGCGGCAGGACAAUUCGUUGCAAAUCUGGGAUAUCGAGGAGAGUUUGAGAAUUAGGGCAGGUGCUGAAGUCACCAGUAGUAUUAGUACUGGUUUGAGCACAAGCACAGGUCUGAGACACCGAGCGCCUGUAUCAUCGUAUCUACCAAAUGAAGCAGUGCUAUCAACUAGCUUUUUCACCGACUCUGAAUAUAACUUAAUUUGCGGCUCCUAUAAAUUUUUGAGACAGAUUGAUUUGCGUUCAGAUGCACCGGUUUUCCAAAUGGCCACAAAAUGCACGUUGGGGCUAACAAUGGAUCCCUUCCAGCCUAACUUGUUUCAAUCGUAUUCUGAAGAUGGGUCAUUGGCCAUUUGGGAUAGAAGGAAAUUAACGGUGUCAGGUGGGAGUGGUGGACACGGCGCGAGCCAGAAAACAAGCAGUAGUGGCAGCAAUAGUAUUGUCAUUACCGAGAGCCCGGUAUUGCAAUUCAAUAAACUUUUAAGCGAGUUGCCAGUUCGAAAGAUUCACAAUUCGUGCAUACGGUACUCAACAAUGCGAAGAGGUGAGUUUGCAGCUAUAUUCAACGGCGAUUUGAUCCGGCGAUGGCACACGGGUAUAGUACCAGCAAGUGCUGAAAAUUAUAGUGUUGGUAGUGGUGCAGGCGGUGCAGGCGGUGCUAGCGAUAUUGCUUUAUCCACCAUAUCAGAACAAUCCAACAGCGAAACCAAUCCCGUGUUACAAAGUUUGAAAACACAAGCGUCUAAAUUGUAUCGCAGCAACGAAGAUUCCAUUUUUGUUUCCAUGGUACUAGACAAUAAAACAGAUUAUGAAAAAGUUGUAUCGUUUGAUUACUCGCCCGAUUUGAAUUCGCAUACCUCGACAAACUUUGUCUGUAUGAGACAAUCGGGAACUGUGUUUAGAAUGCCGGUGGUUGAAUCAAUUGAAGGUUUAGAUUUCAACCCCUCCAACGAGUUUACUAUUGUUGGGCCUGAGGGAACGCUGACUAAUUUUGUAUCUCAAGACGUUGGCAAUAAUCACCAAAAUAUUAUGGACAAGUCUCUGAAGUCUUUGGAGAAACUUACAAUUAAGCAUAGAAUGAGAAGACCCAGUGACCGCCACAACCCUGGCCUUAAUGGUUACGGUAACUAUGGCGGUGGCAAGAAUAAUGAUGGCGAUGAUGAUGAUGACGACGACGACUAUGAUAUCGAGACGGAAGAGUUGUCUACGACAGUAGACGAUGGUGACCAAAGUAUAAUCAAUGGUGGAGAUACGAAUCGAGAAAUUGAUUAUCGACGCGCAUCUACUGAUGAGGAUUUGGUCCCUCUUAAUAAACUUUUACGGCCAGAUGAUAUUUUCAAAAAUGAUAUCUGUCUUGUUAUCAAACGGAGGGCUGCCAUGGGGUAUGCGCUUGAUCCUGAAAUAAACUAUCAAAUCUUACAAGAAUUAGAUCCUAACGACUACCAAUUAUCGUUGAGGAAUACAUGGAAGUGGCUAGGUCUUGCCAAGAAAUCUUUGGAAAAGGGGACCAUGGUCUCUGAGGGGAUUGAUUUGGGAUACCAGGGUGUUCUGGGUAUUUGGAAUGGGGCCGAGGCGUUAAAUGAUCAGAAACGAAUUAUGUCAACUGGUGGACCCAUUAGUAAUGCAUGGUAUACACAGGCUGUUAGGGCAAUUACUGCAGCAAAGGGUAAGAAAAUAUCGGGUAUACAUAUUCCUGUUAAUAGCGAGAAAAAGUCAUUGAGGAAGUUAUGCUUGAUUGUGUCAGGAUGGUAUUUAACGGAGGACGAGUUUGAAGAAAAACUCCAACUUUUGGUCUCCAUGGGAUACGUAACAAAAGCAGCUGGAUGGGCAGUUUUCCAUGGAAACAUUUCUAAGGCGAUUGAGAUUCUUAGUGAAUCCAAGAAGGAGAGAUACCGAUUGAUGGCAACGGCAGUGGCAGGAUACUUGGCGUAUAAAGACACCAAUGUCAAUAGCCCUUGGAAAGACCAAUGCAGGAAGAUGGCUUCGGAAAUGGAUGACCCAUAUUUGCGUGCAAUAUUUGCAUUCAUUGCUGAUGACGAUUGGUGGGAUGUAUUGGACGAACACUCGUUACCCCUUCGGGAACGGAUCGGUGUUGCCAUUAGAUUCUUGUCGGAUAAAGACUUGACGGUUUACCUCAAUAGAAUUGCAGAUACAAAUGUGCAUCGAGGCGAGUUAGAGGGUCUCAUCUUAACAGGUAUUACAUCAAAAGGUAUUGAUCUUCUUCAGAGUUAUGUCGAUAGAACAAGCGAUGUACAGACGGCUGCGUUGAUGGCGGCUUUUGCUUGUCCGAGGUAUUUCACCGACCCUCGGGUCAAGCACUGGAUAGACUCGUAUAGGGCAAUGUUGAACAGUUGGGGUAUGUUUAAAGUGAGAGCCAAAUUGGAUGUGGCGCGAACCAAAUUGUCCAAAUCGCUUAACGGCCGUACUACAAUCCAAGCGACACCAAAGCAGUUCUAUUUGCAAUGCACAAGAUGCAACAAAAACAUUUCAAAACCCAAGCUGAUAAAUAUGGGACAGCAGGCUGGUGGCUUUAACACUGCGAACAACCAAAUGUUGCUUAAGCAAUUUUCGAAAGCUUCCAACAAGAGAAAUGAGAUUGUGUCUUCGUGUCCUCAUUGUGGCGCCCCUUUACCUCGUUGUGCCAUUUGCCUAAUGUCUCUUGGGUCGCUUAUACCAUCUACAGAUGCUAUAGAAAGGGUGCAUUCGAAUCUGACGUCCUCAAAGACUUUGGCGGUGAAAAAUAACUUCAAGAGUUGGUUCAGUUUUUGUUUGAGUUGUAACCAUUGUUAUCACGCGCACCAUGCAGAAGAAUGGUUUUCAAAGCACUACAAAUGCCCCGUUCCCGACUGUGACUGCCAAUGCAACAGCAAGUAG